AUGUACAGCUUUUUUGUUUUCGGUUUUUUCUUUCUAGCUAUAGCAGCGUCGUUCCCUCUUUACAAAAGAGCUAAUCUGGAUGUCGACAUUUUACAAUUCGCUCUCACUUUAGAGCGAUUGGAAAACAAGUUUUACAAGGAAGCACUAUCUAUGUGGUCUGUAGAUGACUUUGUUGAUGCAAACUUUACGGAGGAUUUUUACACGCAGCUGAAGUACAUUGUGCAUGACGAAGAAGCACAUUUGGUAUUUCUCGAGCAGACAAUUAGGGCAACGGGAGCAGAGCCUGUACAAGCCUGUACAUAUAAACUUCCUUUGGACGGUCCAGCUGGCUUUGUUAAAAAUUUAGCAACCUUCGAGGGCGUUGGCGUAUCCGCUUACCUUGGUGCAGCUUCGCUGAUUUCCUCAAAAAAAUACCUCACGGUAGCGGGGUCAAUUUUAAGCGCUGAGGCUAUUCACCAGGCUGCGGCUCGUAAUGCGAUUGGUGAAAUCCCCAUGGCAAAUCCUUUCGCAACACCAUUGAGCGCAAACGCAAUAUACUCUAUUGCCUCCCAGUUCAUCGAGAGCUGUCCUGUUAAUAACACAAAGUUGCCUUUCAAAGCAUACCCUGAGCUUUUUGUCACACAGGGCCUACCAACUGCUAUGAACUCGUCUAUAACAUUUGCCAGCAAUGGUACACUACCAAACUCAACACAAAUUUAUGUGACAUUUGUGAGCGGCCUUGACGUUAUCCCGGUAGCUGGCUCAAGAAAUGGCAGUUCAAUACGAGCAACUGUGCCCGAAAUGGUUUCUGGCCAGUCCUAUGUGUUUUUGACCACAGGUAAUUCAAGUAAUCUGACAGACUCUAAUAUCCUGUAUGGACCUGCAAUAAUCGAGGUUACACCCUCAAGCCCCACGUUCAAUGUGUCUAUCUUUUGA